GUGUUAGUAGAAAAAAAAACGCGAAAAUUGCAAAACUAAAAAAUCGAUUAAGAAAUUUUCUCAAAAUUUUCAUUCUUAAUUUUGCUGUAUUAAGUAAAUAAUAAUAAUUAAUAGUAGUAUAAAUCUAGAGUUAAAACCAUUUUCGUUUGAUGCUAAAUACUCUAUAGCCAUAAGUUGACGGCAAAAAAUUGGCCGAACAAAGUGGAAGGCAAAGAAGAAAAUAUCAUUAAAAUGUCAACGAGUGCUGGUACCGGAACAGGAGCAGGCGUUGGUGCCGCUUUCGGUGAUAGCGAAAGCCGUCAUGCGAGUUCUGGGCAACGCAGCCCUGAACGCUCAUCUGGCGGUGGGGGUGCAACUGCUGCAUCGAAGAAGAAAUUGGGAACAGAGAUAGGUAAAGCUGCUGCAGAAAAAUCGCGUGGUCUCUUCUCUGCUGAGGAUUGGCAGUGCAGCAAAUGUGCGAAUGUAAACUGGGCUCGACGGCAGACUUGCAACAUGUGCAAUGCACCUAAAUUUAGUGAUGUUGAAGAACGGACCGGUUACGGUGGUGGCUACAAUGACCGUGGUGUAGUAGAAUACAAGGACCGUUCCGAUUCAGACAGCGAUUAUGAUGAGUAUGGUCGACUAAAAAAGCGUAAAGUAAAAGAUAAUGAAAAAUCCAAUGAUGACGAAAAAGAAUAUGAUGAUACAGAUGAAGAUGCGGUUGAAGAAGACGAUGAUGAGGAGGAUGAUGGUGGCGAUCUUUCCAAAUACGAUUUGUGGGGUGAUGAUGAAAUAACUCCAGUAACUCUUGUAACGCCAGGAGCAGGAGGACAAAAUCCGAACACGAAAUCCUUUGAGCAACAAAAGUCUCGAUCCCGAAGUCGCUCACGUUCUCGUUCACGGCCGCAGUCACACUCUCGGAGCCGCUCACGAUCUCAUUCCGGGACCUCUUCAUCUUCCAGCUCAAGUUCUUCUUCGUCGUCAUGUACUUCUAGUUCUCGUACGCGUUCCAGCUCUGGUGCAUCACGUUCGGGGAGCCGAUCACGUAGAUUACGACAACGUAGCACCUCCAAAGAUAGGAAAAACUCGCGGUCAAAUAGCCUUAAGUCCGCACCAUCUGCUCGUAAACGUUCACGUGAACGUUCUAAAACACAUUCACUGGCAUCACGAACUUCCUCACAUAAAUCCGAAAAAGGUGGGCGAAAUAUUUCUAAGUCAAGAUCACCUACGCGUUCAUCCUCACGUUCUUCAUCGACAUCAGCCAAGCGUAAGAGGUGUUCCUCUCAAUCGCCAGCUCGUUCUAAGCGUGGUCGCAAUCGUACACGAUCACGUAGCUUAUCCAGGCAGCGUCGUUGAAAUACUUACAAUAAGCGAAAAAAAAAAAAAA